CUCGCUGAGCAGGAAUGGCUGUGCAAUGGUGCAGCGCGACGAGCCUGAACCGUUGGUGCCACCGCCUGGCGCCGCCGAUGCCGCUCCGGGCGUCGGCGUCGACCUGGUCGCCGUCCCUGCAGCCGAUGAGGAUCGGCUGCGCGUCCGUCCCCAGGGAGGUCGCCGUGGCCGCGGCGGCAGAGGCGGCUCUGCCGGAGGUUGAGGCGGACAUGGAGGAAGAAGGUGAAGUAGAGUGCGAGGACGGGUGCGGCGGCACGGGGUGGCUGCUCUGCGACUUCUGCAAAGGGAAGAAGAACAACGUCAAGUCCGAGAGCAGCCCCCGGAUCUACCGACGCUGCCCGACCUGCAAGGCCGCUGGGUACAUCCUGUGCCAGAGAUGCAGGGUCUACAGGUGCAUCACAUAUCCAGAGAGCAACGUCUCGUGAUCACCGGAGGCAGACACAACAAGCAAGAUCGAGCUGCAGACUUUGGAUGUGAUCAUCUGAUCGUUUUGCUGUUUCUUUUGUUUUUCUUUCAACUGUGUGGUGACUGCAAUGUCAAUGAAUGUUCUCGUAGCUUGGUCAUCAGGAAAACAUAUCUGAUCACCACAAACUUUGCAAUUUGCACAUGUAUCCAUGGAUCGAUUAGGUUACUGGGAAUAGAUCAUUUGCACACUCUGGUGAUACA